UCAGCCAUCACUAAGUUCUAUUUGUGAAGAAGAUAAGGAUUCUGUGUACUGGGAAGAGGGAGGAGAUUCUUCGAGAUCUGCUGAAGAUUAGGGUUCUUCGAUCUCUGGGUUUAUAAUGUUGAUUUGGGGAUUUGUAGUCUACUCGAUUUGGGGGUUUCACAACAAUUUGAUUUGUGGGGAUUUGUGGGCUACUGGAUUUGGAGAUUUGUGGGUACUCGAUUUCCUCAUAUCCACUUCCUUUCUCCUUCAUCUCUCUCUCAUGGUGGCUGCACAUGGCGAGCGAGCAACCGCUGAUCCUCAUCCACAAGUGCAAGCUUUAGAGUGUCCUAUAACAUGUCGCAACCAUCACUAAGGACGUCAAGGACUCUGAAUUCUUCAGCUUCAUCACCAUGUUUAGGGCCAGCGAUAAGUGUUAGAAGGAGAAGAGGAAGACAAUUAAUGGUGAUGAUUUGCUGUGAGUGAUGGUUUCCCUUCUCUCACUUUCUCACAAUUUCUUCUCCAAAGGGUAUUUGUCUGUGAGCCCAAGUCAGAGGUCAGUUUGUCGCUCUGUGGUUUGUGAGGCUGCUCCAACCAAGAGGCUUGAUUAUGUUGAAAAGCGAGCUCGCCAGGUUGAGAAAAGGCGCAUUUACAACAAGUCCAAAAAGUCUGAGAUCAAAACUAGGUUGAAGAAGUGGAUGAUACGAAUAAGGAGAUAGAGGAGGUUCAGAGGCAGAGGAAGUCCCCGAUCUGGUGUGUCAGACUGUCAGCUCGACAACUUCUAGUGCAUGGUCGAUACCUUCACCACCUUUCGAUGGAAGCGCCAUCAGGUCGAUUAUAUGCAAUGGAGCGAGGGCUGAAGAUUCCUCAGAACAAGUGCACCAAGACCACCAAUUCCCUCCUAAUUUCACUCAUGAAGCAGCUUGAAAAGCUUGAGCAGAAGCAGAAGUAUGCGACUUGGAAAGCAGCAGAUAUAAGGAAAGCUGUGAAAGAAGGAAGGAAACCUCAGGCUGGCCCCUCUGCAGAUAGCAUUGGAGGGCAGUUACAAGGAAGAAUUUGUUCAAGGAAUUUGACAACCAUCAAUGAAGACUUCAUAAGAGACAUGUUUUGGAACAACAUGUGUAUCAGCUUGGCCCCUAUGAAUGGGCAAAGUAUGUCGUGAAGGCGUAUGUGUAGGAGCUAAAGGAAAGCAUAAGAGGAAGUAGGUUGUUGCUGAAGGAAAGCAUCAUUUUUGUGCUUCUCUGCUGGUACAAUAUUCAUGCACUGUGUGGCAUGUUUUGUAACAAAUAGUUUGUAUUUGUAUCAGCUUUUGAUGUCCCAAGUAGAUGGGCAUGCAUUUGAAUGCUUUUCUUCUUUCAAUGUUGGCUUGGAUGAUUGGGAAAUCCUCCCUUUUAAAGUUUGAAUGCUUUUCUUCAAAUAGUAUGAGUUGGAUUACUCAUUUCAUA